GAGGGGCGGGGCGUGGGCGGCGAGGCGGCUGCAGACGGGCGUCCGUCCUCCUGGCUCCCCCCUCCUCUCUUGGCUUCGCCCGCCAGGGGUGGCUGCGGAGGGAGGGAGGGAGGGGCGUCGGUCCGUGAGGGCGGCAGCGAUGCUCUCCGCUCCGCGGCGCCGGCGGUGUGGGGCGGGCCCGUCGGGUCCUUGAGGCGGCGCCGAGAGACACCUUCCGCAGCCCCGCCGCCGCCGCCACCAUGCCGUGCACCUGCGGGAACUGGCGGCGCUGGAUCCGGCCUCUGGUGGCCACGGUCUACGUCGUGGGGCUGCUGCUGGCCGUGCCGCUCUGCGUGUGGGAGCUGCAGAAGCUGGAGGUGAGGGCGGAGCGGCGGAGAGAGGCGGCCCAGGGGCGCCUCCGGGGUGGGAGUGGGGGGAAGAGGGGCAAACGCAGACCCCGCUCCCUCGGGUCUCCCACACGCGCUCGGCUUUGCUGGCAGCCUUAACGCCGCCCCGCGUUCACUUCCCGGAGCGCGCUUCUUCCGCGCACAACAUGGAACGUGCGUCAUGUGGGAAUGCGCUUGGCGCUCUAGGCUUAGGAGGGACACGCAAAAGAAACAACGGACGGGGCUUGAGGUGAAUGUGUCACGUGCCCCCCCUGCUCUCCAUCCCGAUGGUUGCUGGCCCUGAGGGAUGAUGAUGAUGAAUCACCCGCCAUUGUAGGCCCCAGCUGCCCAUCCAAGAUAAAGCCAGACGUGUCACCGUGGGCAUUAUUCUAGGUAUGUUUGGCAAGCAUCCUUUCAGAAAGGAAAAAGAGAACCUCCAGCAAGUUUUGCCUGGUUCGGAGGUGAGGUCAAGAAAGAGGGUCGUUCUAACAAUUGUUUUCUCAAAAGUUAUCUUCUGCACCGUGGAAAUAAAUAACAACAGUGAUUAAAAUGAGAAAGAAAAAAGAAAGAGGAUUGACACAUCCUCUCAAAACUCUGCAGCCCAACUUGCUUCUGGAAGGGCAUAUGUAUCCUAGGUUCAUCUUGGGUUGCGGAGCUCAAGUAAGAAUGGUUAGCUUGCUUGACCCCAGGUAACCUAAAUGUGAUGUUUGCUACAUAGGGAGCAAGUAAGAGGAAGUCCAGAAAUGCAGAUAUCUACAUAAAUACUCCUCAUCUGGAGCUGUUGCGAAGGCCAGCACCCUAUAGUGAGACAGCAAGUGGAGAGGACUAGAGUGUCAGCAGGUGAAGGGGAUUUCUCUCGUCUGUAUGAUGUACUAAAGAUUACAACAAAUUCAGGUUUUCAUGGGGGUAGGCGGUGCCACAUAGAAAGAUGCUAUAUUCAUGUUUUUAGUUCAUUACCAUCCCACUCAGAGCAGUUCAUACGAGGCUAAAGGAGUUUAUGAAAACACACAAACAGCUGAACAGGAUUCAUCUUUCAAAAACAGGAUUCAAAACCAGCAACCAAACAGUAGCUCCCACGCUUAAAGAACAAUUUGUUCCAUAGUGCAUGGACAAGUUGGGGGGGGGAGGUAGUUAGAAGGAGUAACUUAAAGCAAAUCCAGAAGCCAGGGGUGUGUAUACUCCUGUCUUCCAUUUCCGGAAUCUCUCACAAGAGGGACUUACUUGACGUAAGAUCAUUAUGACAGGGAAGAGUUUAAUCCAAAGAGACAGGCAGGUAAAUGGUGCAUUUGCCUGUUAAUGGACAUCAUUUGGUUGGUGUGGGUCUUACUCUGAGCUAGACAAUGUAGUGCUCUCCAGAUGUUUUGGACUACAUCUCUCAUCAUCCUUUGCCAUUGGUCAAGCUGGCUGGGACUGAUGGGAGUUGUAGUCUGGAAAUCUGGAGGGCACCACAUUGUCUAACUUGUGGCACUAAGUGAUGGAUGCAAAGUGAUGUCUUCUGCAAAUGAAAGAAUACAGAAUAAUGACUCUCAACACCUUCAAUCUACAUGUGAGUUAUGGUAAUUCCUGUCUUCACCUUUGCUAGUCCAUGUGGACCAGCACUUAAGUAAAACACACCUGUGCUAGUACCCCUUCCCUGUACCUAUUCCACAAGACAUUCUUUGAAUCUCUGUGCUCCCGCCUUCCCCUUUAGCAUUUCCAUAUUUAAAGUAGGCAGCUACCAGGGAAUCCCUGUUACUCUUAUGUGAGGCUUGGAAUUUGCAGUGUUUAAUUAAUCGUUUAGUGAACUAUUGCAGAUAUUUCUGUGCCUUAAAAUAACUAGGUUGCUCACAGGCUGGAUCUGUAAUUAUAAAGGUUUCUGGUGAUGCUAUCUAUUCCCAAUCAUCUGUUGCUUAGACAGAAAGGUAGUUUAUAAAGAAGAAACAGGCUCUAAGUUUCUUUAUGUACCCUGUCCUUGUAGCUGCUUUACAUGACACAAGGAAAAAUGUCUCCUCACAGUUAAAUGUUUACAGUAAGGUUUAAGAAGAUGCAUACAUAAAACACACACUAAAAUAUGCACUCUAAUGUUGCAUAUUAGAGCUGCCCAUUGCAAACAAGAUGGUAUACAUGUAUUUUCCCUUCAAGUUUAACUACCAAGAAGUGUGUUAUGGAAGAUCUGGACCUGGUUCUUGGCGUUUAGCAGUAUGUGUAUUACUAACUUAAAUCUUAGUAUAGAAGUGAGGGAAUGCUGCAAGUUGCUCUUCUAAGUGUUCCUAACUUGAUUCUUGGUUAGAACUGUGUGUGUUAGAUAUUUGGAUCUAAAAGAAGUUGUAGCAGCUGUUGUAGCUAACCACACUUUAAAUUUUGAGUCUAAUGAUGGUUCAGUUGCAAAAAUACUAUAUGUCUUAAUUAUUAACGCAUGUUCUGUUCUUGGAAGAGAAGAGCCAUUAAAUAUAGUACUGCUGCUUCAGAGAAAGUGAUUUAUGGACUGCUUUAUCGGUUUUACUGUCAUUGUUUCUCAAAUUUCCUACUGUAAUUUCUUGUGCUUGUGCUCUUAUUUUUCGUGUUGUUCAAGGUUGGAAUCCAUACCAAGGCAUGGUUUAUUGCUGGGAUAUUUUUAUUGAUGACCAUACCAAUAUCUCUUUGGGGAAUAUUGCAGCAUUUAGUUCAUUAUACUCAACCUGAAUUACAGAAACCAAUAAUAAGGUAACCUAUCAUAUAUGCUUCUGCUGGUUAUUCCAUAUUAGCAAUACAAACACUUGGUUAAUUGCAAAUGUGUUUUCUUAUGACAGGAUUCUAUGGAUGGUGCCAAUUUACAGCCUAGACAGCGUAAGUAUUUUUUCUGAUUAUUGAAUUCUUGCUCUAGAAACCAGUUGAAUAAUCUAAUGCACUUCUCAUACAACCUUUUUGUAAAAUUGUAACCUCAUUUCCAUUAAGGUUUCCUGGCAGAAGCCCAGGUGUGUGUGAUUGAGGCAUUUGUUAAUAUGUUGCUUUUCUGGAGUUUCAUCCACUAAGUCAUACUCUGUGUUGAUGGUUUGAAGCAUGUUGAUUUCAGUGGGUCUACUCUGAGAAUGGUUAAGUCAAGUACAGUCAUACCUCAUGUUACAUUUGCUUCAUGUUACGUUUUUUCAGGUUGCAUCCUGCGACGACCCGGAAGUACCAGAAAGGGUUACUUCCGGAUUUCGUUGCGCUUGCAUGUGCAGUAGCGCCAAAUCGCGCUUCGUGCAUGCGCACAAGCUCCAAAUCGCGCCACGCACCUGUGCAGAUAUGGCGCUUCAGGUUGCGGGCUUUUCACGUUGCAAACGGGCCUACGGAAUGGAUCCCGUUCGCAACCAGAGGUACCACUGUACAACUCACUGAGCAUUAAUUCACUGGAAAAUAAGACUUAAUGCAACUGAAAGUAGACAUGUACAUAUUUGUAUCUAAUGUGAACCAUAAGGCCUAUAUACAGAGAAUGUUGCUUCUCUGUUUUGCAGAGUACUAGCUCAUUGUUUACUUUGUAUUGUAACACUGCUUGCCUUGUUUGCAACAGCAAAUACAGGCUCUAAAGGAUAUCUUGGGAAGUACAUCCCAUUUAUUUCAAUUGGACUUAAUUUAGUUAAACCAUAGGUUUAAUGAGCUAUAAGCCUUUGAGCUAUAAGCCUUUCUUAAUUAUUAAAUGUUUAACUGCAGCACAGAGUUCUGUAAAUUAUUUAUUUAAUUUUUAUGCUGGCAAACAAUAAUAUUUCGAAAGAAAAUGUAAUAGAAUGGAAUCUCAGUGUAAACUGCAGUGCGUGUGUGUCUAAUCUAAUGUCUUCUUCUUUGAUAGUGGAUAGCAUUGAAAUAUCCCAGUAUUGCAAUAUAUGUGGAUACUUGUAGAGAAUGCUAUGAAGCGUAUGUCAUCUAUAACUUCAUGGUCUUCCUUUCAAAUUACCUGACCAAUCGGUAUCCAAAUCUAGUGUUAAUCCUAGAAGCCAAAGAUCAGCAAAGGCAUCUACCACCAUUGUGUUGCUGUCCACCAUGGGCUAUGGGAGAGUGAGUACAUCAUACCGUUCUUUUUUCAAAGCUUAUGUUCCUGUCAUUAUGCAUAUUACCUCUUGGAUUCGUUUAAGAUUUAACACACUUUUUUUGCUAUAUGUGGCACUAGUUUCCAUUGAUGCUCCAAAGAGUUCUUGAAAAACACAUUUUUAAAAAAUACUUCGGGAAAUUGUUUCCUGAAAAUAGGACUUGUUUGUGAAUCAAAAGGAUUUGUUUUUCCCAGAAGCAGUUGGUAGCUUCAUUGACUGCUCUAAAAGAAUGAGUGAAUGCUGUAGGGUAGUACUGUACAGCAGUUAGAUUUCAGGGAUUGACGCUCACUUAGCUUCUCCCCCUGACUUGUAGUAGCUUUCUGUGGGGGCUGCUGCUUUCUCUAUUCCAGAAUGCAGCAGGAUGGAGAAUUCACCUUUGUAGUGCCAUCAUAUGGCAGCCUGCCUUGGGAAGGAACAAAAUGACCCAAGUUUCCUGGUUGGUGCAGUCUCUCUCCCAGCAAGGUAGCCUUCCAAUGAUGAUUAACGUCUGGACUCUUUGAUUGAAAGGACACAACAGGAUAUGAAGAAAUAAGACAGAAUGUCUUGACUACAAUUAAGAUGAAGGUUUUGCCAAAGUUUCUAUUCUAGUUUUAACCCUUCCAAUAAAAGGUGUGCAGUUGAAAUUCAAGAAUUGUAACAAGUUUAUUUGAAACUAUAAAUGCCAAAAGUUAAUGUGUAUUAUGCAGCGGUGUCUUUGAAAGGUGAGAUACUAUCAACAUAUUUUGAUAAAUAGCAGCAUACAGCUCAUUGAAUAUCUAUGUGAUGGUUAGAACUUAAAAGUAAUAAUUAUUAGUUGGGCAGGGAUGUAGCCAUCCUGUUACCUUGCUGGAUCUGGCUGCAAAACAGUAUCUCUGCAAUUUGUAUAGGAUACUGAUAAGAUAGAACUCUACAGGUGCCCAUGUUUUUCCACAUGUUAGAGCUGUAGAAGUGGGAAAAUAUAUUGAAAUAAUGUAAGAUAAAGUAUUAGAAAUAUUCCCGUAUGAAAUGGUGAUUCUUAAAUCCGUCAGUUAUAGUUUAGUCUAUAAAGAUGCUGCAAGAAGAAAAUGUCUAGGAUGCAGUAUUAACUAUGACUUAACAUUUUAAAAGUGUUUUGACUGAAAAGCACAAUGGUAUGUGAAUGUUAGGAUAUUCUUGCUAACAGUUGUAUUUAACUCUGCAAGUUUUUUUCCAGAAGAUGUUACAUAAAGAGUUUCAGCUAUAUUCUGAGUUAGUAUUUGUGAUGUACAGGAACUUUGUUGUGUGAAAUGAUAGUUCUGGAUGCUAAUAUUUACAGUAAAAGUAGAAUAUAUGGUUGUCUGUGUUGCAGCUUUGAAUGAACUGAUCUGACUGUGUCUCUUUUAUAGGGUGCUGUUGUUCAGGUGCAAGCUUGGUGUUUUGCAGUAUACAGUGGUCAGACCGUUCACCACUAUUAUUGCUUUGUAAGUAUGAAGAAAUAUUUUAGCCUCAAAAUGCUAUAUAUAGAUGUAUCACUUUGCUAGUGAGGUGAGGUGAGAAUAUUCUCUGCUAGAAAAUUCUCCGGAGAAUAUUCUCCACAAACUGUAAAUUCUAAUGUAAGAACCAGUUUUACAACCCACAUUAAAAAAAUCUAGUAAAUAAUAAGUCAAGCUGUGAUAUUGCCAGUGUAAGUAAUGAAUAAUGGUUUUUUUGAUCCAGUUAUAUUACUGGGCAUUGUGUCAUUCACCAUUGGCAGUUCUGAAAUGUGAGCUACAGAAAACAUUUUUAAGUUUUUUUAGUUUUAAAAAUGCUAUUCAUUUAAUUUGAUGAACAUUUGAAUUUGUAUGUAUUUCAACUAUAUGUAAUAACCUUUUUUUCUAUUUUGGUGUGACCUUAUUCUUAGCAAUUUUAUACACUUGGCCAUACAGUGUGAUUUUUUUUUUAUUUUUUUUUUUACAGAAAGGAGCUUUAAUGCUUUAUACACUUAAAGUACCUAGGCCUAUAUAAUUAUGUGUAACAGCAUGUGAGGUGACCUUGAUUUAAACAGUUGACAUUUCUAUAUUUUUAUUUAGUGCCAGUAACUGGUGUUUGCAGUGCCAUUCAGUGGUACACAGUGCCAUUUACCAGAGAUUGACAUACGGAAAUAUAUUAUCGUAUCAUGAUAAUAUAUUUAAUGUUAAUGGCUUCUUUUUUAUAUGUAUGCAUAUAGUUUUGUUUAUCAAGCUGUGUUUUAGUCACAUGCAUAUAGUUAUUAAGUGUUAGAGCUAUUAGAAGCACAAGAUAGCCUAUUACUGAAUUUACUUGAAUUUUCAAUUUCAAGUUUGGUGCAAAAAAUCAAAGAAAGUGAAUUCACUGCAUUGCCCCAUUGAAUAAAAGUAUCUGUACAGUUUUUGGUUGCCAUCUGAACAAGUUUACCCAUGAAUAAACAUGUAUAUUAACUAAUUAUCCCAGGUCGCAAGGUGAUUAGAUUGAUCUCAACUAGGGCCAGGGCCUUUUCAGUACUGGCCCCAACUUGGUGGAACGCUCUGUCACAAGAGACUAGGACCCUGUGGGACUUGACAUUUUUCCACAGGGCCUGCAAGACAGAGCUGUUCCGCCUGGCCUUUGAUUUGGAUUCAGUCUGACUGUUAUGUUUCCCUCCCCUUAUGGUCUUGAUUUAUAGGCUACUUUUAAAAUGAGCCUGCAUUUUAAAUUGCAUUUUAACCUGUAUUUUAAAUUGGUCCCUCCCCCAUUAUGUUUUUACUGUGAUUUUAUUGGUGUUAGCUGCCAUGAGCCCGGCUCCGGCCGGGGAGGGUGGGGUAUAAAUAAAAAAGUAUUAUUAUUAUUAUUAUUAUUAUUAUUAUUAUUAUAUUUUAAACAAAAAUUCUCUAAUAUCUAAUUAAUCAAGAAUAUUAAUCAAGAAUUUAACAUCACUACUUUGCUCUUCUUUUCACUCUUUUUUUGGUUUGGAUAGCUGUGCUGUUACACCGGUCUCUGUCUUCUAACCUUAAAGACAAUUGCUCAUGUAGACAAUCAACUAUAAACUUUUUCUAAAGUGGAGCUUAAGUAAUCUAAAAGAUGGUGUUUCCUCCCAUGCUUUACUAUGCAUAACCAUCCCCAAAGUAAUUUUUCUCUAAUACAGUAAUUUAUAUUAAUCAGGUUUUAAUUCUUUGAGUGAUAUCCAAUUGUUGUGUCCCUCUUGUACAAAAAUGACUUCUCUUCCUGCUGCAUAUCCAUAAGGUCUACCAAAGUUUGUUCUUGGCUUACCGCUCAUGGUAUGUUUGGCAGAAACAAACUGUUGUCCGGGUUCAGAUAACAUGCCAGACUCUGGCUUUUUUAAUCUGCAUUGUAGCAGCAACGGGAGGAUAACUGUGGGAACUUCAGAGCAGCAUGCACUAGUGCACUGCUUGUUCACAUUAACCCAUAGUUAGUUUUAGAUGAUGGUUUAACACGACAUUUGAACUGGACAAUUGACUAGAAUAGGACUCCUGUGCGGAGGAUUGCAACCAUAGCUCCUGAAUUUUCUGAGCAAUGUUUUGUAUUAAACUCUUUCAGAAUAUGUGAACUGGUUGGUGUAUACGAUGAAGGAAACUUUAGCUUCAAAAAUGCUUGGACCUAUUUGGUUUUUUUCAACAAUAUCUCCCAGCUUGUGAGUAACAGAAUUUGAGUUUUCUUUCUCUUUGGAGUGAUAUUUAAGUGUUUUAUUUUUUUAAAAUUAAAGAUCUUAACAAUUGUGGUAUGCAGAACAUAUUUUUUAUUAGGUGCUUUUAUUUUUACAUACAUUACACAUAGAAAAUUAAGAUUAUAUGAGAACUAAUCCUUAACUUUGGUUCUAAAUAUGGUGCUAUGGAUUUUAUUGUGUUAUUGUACAUCUAUUUAAUCGGUUUUAGAGGCUGCCCUGAGGACUCUGAAAGGUGGGGUGAUACUGCUUUAUAUUUAUAUCCCAUCUAUUUUCCAUCAUGAAACCCACAGUGAUAUACAUGUGGUUCCCUAGUGGUUACCCAUCCAGGCACUGAUCAGACUAAGAUGUGCUUAGCUUCAGCAAAGUGGUGGCUGCCUUCUCUUUGCAGAAAGAAACAGAGAAAUAUACUUGGGAAUAAAGGAAGCUUAUGGCAGCAGCAUUCUGGGGUUUCAGACAGGUGUCCUUCCCAGGUCUAGAUGGAGAAGUCAGUGAUUAUACCUGUGAUCUUACGCAUGCUAUGCAUGUGCUUUGGCACUCAGCUUUGACCGCCUAGCCCAUAGAUGUUUUUAAACGUUUGGAACAAGAAUUGAAUUGGCUUGAUAUGUUGCAGGGGAUUAUUGGUAUGAUGAAAUGUAGGAGUUCUGUGUGUUCCCACUGCAAAUUGCUAAACAUUUCUAUCCCUCUGUUUUAGUUUGCCAUGUACUGCCUUGUGUUGUUCUAUAAAGUACUGCGGGAAGAACUAAACCCAAUCAAACCCGUAGGGAAAUUUCUGUGUGUAAAGAUGGUGGUUUUUGUUUCUUUUUGGUAAGUGGAGUGUUGUAAGCUUUUUUGUGUAAAACCUGUUAUGCACAUGUCUAAAUGCAUAUGGAUACUUAAGUGUUUGUCAGAAAACAAAUAGUAGUAUAAUAAGUCUUGUUUCUAUUUUUAUUUAAAUUGCUUACCAGCACAAUCCUGUUCAUGUUUACUUGGAAGUAAAUCUCUUUGGGGCUUACUUCCAAAUAAGUGUGUGCAUUUAUAGUCACCUUUAUCAUUCCCAGGGAGCUCAAUAUGAUGUGCGUGGUUCUCCCCCUCCCAAUUUUAUCCUUCCAACUACCCUGUGAGGUAGGCUAGGCUGUGAGACACUAACUGGCCCAAGGUCACUCAGUGAGCAGAGAUUUGAACCCUGGGUUUCUGGAUCCUAGUUUGACACUCUAAACACUGCACCAUAUUGACUCUCUAUAGCAAACUGGAUUCACCUAUGCAAGGUGUUGUACAAGUGUGAAAAGACCAGCCUUCUUCUGUGUUUAAAAUUGCCGUGGUGUUUUUUUUAAAAAAGUUUUGUGUUUAAAAACAUUUUCAUGCAACUUCAAAAUAGCUAAGGGUACAACCAAAGUUUUAGCUCUCUUUUAUCUAAUUCAUUUUAAAGUUGUAGCACAGAUUUCCAGUUUAUGCUGAAACCUUUUUCCAUACUGACAGAUCAUCUUUGAUCUCUUUCCAGAGACACCUCUUAGCCUAGCACUAGUUUGCGUGGAAGUUCCUUUUUUGUGGGUGAUGCACAUUCACUGUUCCUGUGUGAGCAUAAUGGCCACAGGGCUUGCAAGUUCAUAUUUCUAGCAUUUUAUUGAUCUGCUUUGUGAUCUUAGUAUCUUUCACAGAUUGUUUGUGUUUUUUCUAACCUUACAAUAAAAGCUCACUAGGACUUUAGACCAAAACCUGCCUCUCAGCUGUGUAGCUUCUGUGUGGUGAUAACCCAAUCUCUUCUAAGAAUGUCAAUUUUGUAUAGGCAAGCAGCACUUAUUGCAUUGUUGGUGAAAGUCGGUGUUAUCUCUGAAACACACACAUGGGAAUGGAAAAGUGUUGAAGCAGUGGCAACUGGUCUACAGGUAAGUUGGAACUGCUGUUGUAAACAUAAGCCUUCCAGCGCCCCACAUCCUUUGGAAUAGAUAAAAGGGGCAGAUUGGUCUUUGAAGCAAAAGCAUUAUGGAUACAUGUAGCUACUUUUUUCACUGAGAGUGAGCAAUAGUUAUCAGGUAACUAGCCUACCAGCUCCAUUGAUCAAACUGUCCUACAACUCAUAUCUGUAAAUAUGCAGGUAAAUUUAAGCGCUUAAAACUAGUUUUCUAACGGUGUGACUAGUACACUCGUAAUAGCUAUGCUAUCUGCAUUGGCCUGCAUGAGCGCAGUCCUUUCAGUAUCAUGUUUUGCUAUUUGUCUUCUCUACUAGGUGCGAGAAGGCAGUAUUUACUCUAAAUUAAAUAUUUAGUUGGUUGCCUGGGGCUUGCUUUCCUAAUUUAACCAAAGUACGAGAAUAGACUUGGCUGAUGGUCCCACUAUAUGUUUAAGCUGGUGUAAAACACAGGAAGUUUCUGGAAUACUAUUAUUCCAUAAAAGGUAGUUUGUGGUUAAUUGGCCUUCAAGUAAGUCUAAAGGAGCUGCUGCGAGGAAUAUAUUAUAUGGUUGCAUAUGUGGGGCUGAAUAGAACUGAAUUUGGAUUCUUUUGUUUCAGGAUUUUAUUAUCUGCGUGGAGAUGUUCUUUGCUGCAAUUGCUCAUCACUACAGUUUUUCCUACAAACCUUAUGUGCAGCAAGCUGAAGAAGGAUCAUGCUUUGAUUCUUUUCUUGCAAUGUGGGAUAUUUCUGAUAUCAGGGCAGAUGUAACUGAACAAGUUCGCAAUGUUGGUAAGUGAAAAGGAUAAAAAUGCAGCCCUAGGGAAAAACUGAUGUAAACAUUUGAGUUUUCUGAAGAUGCCACAUGAGCUGUAUUGCUAGGUCAUUUUUCUAUUAACUGCAGUGCCAGACCCAUGAGAAUAAUUUGUUUUUAAAUACCUUCCUUUUAGGAAGAACAGUUUUUGGUCAGCCAAGGAAAAUGUUUUUUGGUGAAGAUUAUGAACAGAAUGAACAUACAAGUUUGCUGUCAUCAUCCACCCAGGAUCCAAUUUCUACUGCUUCUUCAAUACCAUCAUCACCUGUGGGACACUAUCAAGGGUUUGGGCAUACGUUGACUCCAACAAUGCCUCCUGAACCAAUAUCUGAUGUCUUGUGUAAAUCAGCAGAAGAGAGUGAGAAUCCUCCAACAGAGAAGCCUCUGGAUGAAAGUUAGACAACUCUUUUCUCAAAUGUUUUGGGAUUUGCCUGGAUGAUGCUCCUAUGUUUGUUUUUUUGGCCUUGGGGACCUCAUUCUUCCCAGAAGAAUGGCAGCUGCACCAAGCAGCACAUAAAACAAAACAGAUAAUGGAAUUUAAUUUUAAAUGAGGAAUUUAUGAACUAUCACUGAAAGAGCCUAUUGGUGCCAGACAUAUAAUUAAAUUAUUACAGUAGGUUGAGUAGCCAAUGCUGCUUGGUUCAAAAACCUGCCUCUGUAAUUGGAGUGAGGUAGAUAGUUCGUGAUGUUGACUCUCCUCUCAAAGUAAUUGCACCAUCCCAGAAUACCGUUUCAUCAGCAUGCCAGAAUUGCUGCUGAGCUGCUGGAGACCUUAGCUGGAGCAGUAAAUGAAAUCAUUCUUUUAACAAUACUGGCAUAUAUGUCUCACAGUCCAGUUAACCAGAAGUUCCUGGAUUUGAGCAUUAUAUGCUGCAUUGGCUCUAAAUUUUGUUGUUAAUGUAUUAAGUGUAUCUUGGCCUUUCACAUACUGGAAGUUGCUCGGAGGGUAGUAAUUUACUACUGCUUCCUGUUAGCACAGAGAUUACCACUAGAGCAACAGAACUCCUCUCUACACCCUCCCCAGAUGUGUCACAGAGGAUUGAAGAAACAGAUUUAGGGGAUGCACGGGGUGAGGUGGGGAAUUCCUGUUGUUUGUGGUAGUUCUUGUGCUAAUAGAACUACUUGAUGCUAAACUGAAUACAACUCGGAGUCUAAAGGCAUUCUAAUUAGGGAGUUAAAAUGAAACAAGGCUUUUUAUUGAAAAACUGAUCAGUGUUCCUGUAUUUUUGUCUCAAAACUCAUAGGAUUACCAAUGGUUCGUCAAUUGAUCUGUGCUCCUCUUAUCACGCGGAUACCAUUUUAAUGCCUACUAUUCUUGAAUUUAUAGUAUAUUUGCCUUCCAAAAAUGUAUCUAGAAUCAAGUAAGCUUUGAAAUACUAAUACAGAAUGUAACAACUUACUGUUUUAAGGACUUGCACAUCUGGUCAACAAAAGGGACUUGUUACCCAUUCUCACAUUUGUAUCUGCAUUGCAUGCUUGCUGUCUUACCUUCAUAUAAAAUGCUGCAGCAAGGUUUACAUUAAGUGGCAUCUUCAGAGAGAACUCAAGCUAUUUUUAGCAUUCAGGUGCCCUUUACAGGAAUUGAGUUUUUAACUGUUUUGUGGCUGCUACGGUGAACUCAUCCUACAAGUGCUUUUGCAGUACUAGUGUGUUAUGUAAAUACUUGGCCUUAUUCACUAGGCUGCAUAUUUUAUGGAUAAAUUUGGUGUGUCCUUAAAGUGGUUAAAGGGCAAAUCAUUGCCUUUAUUGUACAUAAUCAAAUAAAAUUUUAUUAACUCUUACUUUGCACUCCUUCACUGUUGAGAUGAACGAAUAAUACUCUUGAGCUCCUUUCCAUAGUAUUUUUUUUAAUGGUUAACUAUUGACUCUGAUGGGAGAGGCAUCUCAACCCCCCCCCCGCCAUGCCUAGAUCACACAAAUCAAGGGAAGACCAAAAGAUAAUGCUCACCAAUAGUUUAGUUCCUAUGUCUAAUUUCAAAGGAGCAAAUAUUCUCUUGAGUGUAAACAAUGCCUUCCUUAACCACAGGUGGAUUUACUUUAGGAAGAAAGGGCAAAGACUAGGCUAUAGAGGUACAUUGUCUUUUAGCAAUUAGAAUUUUCUGGUGCUUCCCAGUCUUGCUUUUCAUCCUGUGGUUUGUUGCCAUUUGGGAAUACUACCUGUAAGCUUGAUUUAGGCAUCUUCUUAACAGUGAACAUGGGCUUCAGCAAAAGGAUGGUGGGGUAAUCUGUGGUGAGCCAUUUUUGGCUCCUUCGAGGAGGUGGUAUCUUCCCUCCAAGUUUAUUAAUAGUAACUUAACCAACUAUGCAUUAAUGGCUGUCCCAGGAGUGGGGCCGGGAACAUUAAAACUAAACUGAUUCAUGCUUCUUGCCUCUUCCUAACGUUUGUUUAUGGUGCCUUGUUUCUGGUUGACUAGCUACUGCAGCUCCAGCAGUUUGGAGCUGCAGGCUAGGGUUAUUCUGUGUGCCUUUUCUUUCCCCACUGCCCUUUUUUGGUCUGGUAACUUCCACUCUGGGGCGUUGUUAAUUUUUCUCCAUGUCUUCUUUGUUUUCCUCUUGUCCUUUUCUCCCUAUCUCAUUUCAGUCUUUCCAGGGCUGUUCCUUCUUUAUAUUCAUUACUCGUCUUUCUGCUUUGUGUGACCGCUAUUGGUUAGCCAGCUGCUUGUUAGAUGGACACUGCUUUCAUACUGCAGUCACUGCAAGUGAUGCUACUUCAGUGCUCCCAGCACAGGGGAAAGGAAGUUCAUGCUGGCCAAGAUACUUCGGUAGACAGUAGUAACAUCUGUGUGACUAUGGUAUUUUACAUGCAGAGACAGAACUACAUCCCAUGAUUUAAAAGAAGCUGUUUGUCUUCUAGAUCACAAUUAGAUACAGCCAAACCAUACCUAAAAUAUUUUUCUUACCCAUUAAGGAUUUUUCAUCCUUCCUGAAACUAGUGUUACUGGAUCUGUUAUCUGCUAGUUUUCACAAAAAAAUGUUUAGCAUGUUGCAAUUCAUGUUUAGGCAUUUAUAACAAAAAGGUUCUCACCACUACCACCUCUCAAGACACUACUUGUUUCUGUAACUGAAAAAUCUGUUUUUCUAUGGAAGUGUAUGAGUAGUCUAUCUGUACAAUACUGGUACUCCUCAGCAAAUUCAUUUUUACUCUAUUAACCUUCAAAGUGAGAUGUGAACAGGCAUGUUGUGGCAUUCCAUUUCUUUUUACUUUUUAUACUCAAAUUCAUAUAGUUCUCCAAAAGGCAAGUAAGAAUACAAAUAUUAAGUUAUUCAGCAUUGUAGACAUCUUACACAGACUUCUAGGCAGAAAUGCAUGCUUUCUCCACUCUUUAUGGUCCAUGGCUUUAUUGCUAAACAGUUGUGCUGAAUUUCACAAUAGUUCAGUCGAUAUUUAGACCUUCAAACAGACUCAAAAGUGUGACCCUAAGACAUGAUUAACUUAAGUAUAAAUAACUAAGCUACUGUAGGCUUUUUAAAACAGUAAAAACACUGUAGCUGAUGGCAGUUCACUGUUUUACUGUAAUGCUAACGUUACUGUUGUGAUACUGAACAUUGAGCACAAGUUCAUCUCCUGCUUGAACUUGAAUGGGCUUAUCUAACACAAUAGCAGCUUGUUUCCAGUGGGAUGACUUGCUUGAUGUAUCUAAAACAGUGUCUUCAUCGAGGUACACGUGAUACCAAAAUGGAAUACCAGUCACGUGACCUGCUUUACAAACUUCAACCUACAAAAGUAAGAUUUUAUGUUACUAUAUAGCAAUCAACUUUCUUCCCACAAUACAACAACAACAAAAAUUUGUAUUCUUUAAAUUCAAGCUUGCUUGAGGAAGAUUUCUCUAUUGCCAAUUUGCAUCAUGCUUUUUCGGACACCCAAGAGUUUAUCUUCAGUGAUUUUGUGUAUCAGUUUUACGAGAGGGCUAGGGAAGAUAGGGUUAGCCGCUCUGGUGCUUCCAAUAUGUUUUAAAUGACUACUCCCAUCCCUGACUAGUGCCCAUAUUGUCUAGGAGUGAUGGAAGGUGGAGGGCAAAAUGUUAGCUCUCUGCAUAGUACAAUCCCAGUGUAUCUCUAGGUUUCAGAUACACUGCCCACCAUAAUUUCUCUUGAGAAGAUGAAUGGCCCAUGUUCAUUUGGUAAUUGGUAUCCCAGCUAGAAUGCAAUAAGACUUAAUUCUAACUGCAGGCAGUAAACUCCACACAAACCAGAACCAAAUGAACAAGAAUAGAAAUGGUAUGAUUUCUUCCUCUAAUGUGAUUUUCUGCUUUAAAAGGGGGUAAUGUUUUAGGGAAGUACUAAUAUCAAAAGUAUCAAGCACAGAACAUCUCAGUUACUUGUGCAAUUCCAUAAAUGCAAGAUUGACACUAAAGAAUGACAGAGUAAUAAACUAAAGAAUGC